AUGCCUACGCCCACUACUGCACCUAUAGGCACCACUGCGGCGCCAGAAUUGCCCUUCGAGAUCGUACGGCGGAUACUAAAACAUCGGCUCGAUCUCGCGCUGUCCUUUCCUCUCUCUCCAUCUGAUGGCCGAGUUGGGCAGACGGCCGUCGGGGAUGAGGGGUGGGAAGGCAUGCCGGGGCAGAUGGGGAAGAAGAUCGCGCUGGCAAGAAGCAAAGAGCGGGAAGAUGUGAUGCGGACGGGCAAGGAGCUGAUGCGUGUGUGCAAGAGCUGGAAACCUGUCGUGCAGAAGUAUCUGUACGCCAUGCCCCCAGUCUCCGCCAUCACCCUUCUCCCCUUCGCAGCUGCCGUCCAGCUCGGCGAUACCAAAUGGGACGAUACCCGCCUCCACCCUCACUCCGUUCCCGGACGGUACGUGGCCACUCUGGACCUCUCCACCCUCUCUGACGGUUACUUCGGGCCGCAUGUCACCUCCCUAUCCAAGGCGUGCGCUGCGCUCCUCCCGCUCCUCCCCAACCUCACCCAUCUCAAGCUCCCCGGCGGGACUGGAUGGGGCAUCAUACCCUGUCGAACUAUCCUCGACAGCCCAUUCGUCGGUCGCCUGAGAGCCCUGGAAGGUGUCCAGAUCUCGGACGAGGGGGAUGAGGCGUGUGUGCUGCUCAAGCCGAUGCGGAGAUUGGAGGUCUUGUCAGUCCUCGGACCGGGCUCGUCCAGCGUUGGUCCAUCCCCACUCCCUGACGCCGUCCCUCUCGACCUGCCGCACCUCCACACUCUCACUCUUGACGGUGUCCAGCGCGGACCUCUCCUCGCCGCGCUCAUCGCUUCGGAACUCCCGAACCUCCGCCGGCUGCUCAUCACGAGCUACGACGGGACCGUUGGGGACCUCACCACUGCUUUCCUCGAAGCACACGGAGAGAAGGUGCUCUCCCUCACAUUCCUGCAAACUCGGGAAUGGCCCGCUAUCCAUCCGACACCUCCCUUGGACACCCUCGCUCUCUGCCCAAAUCUACUGGACCUGGCAGUCCUCCUUCCCAAUCCAGCUCUGCAACAGAAGCUGGACUUUGCCAGGGGUCUCAUCGGAGAAACCGCGAAGCAUCACCCGCUGGUUUCUCUUACUCUCCCCAAAUGGCUCGACAGAGUCAGCGCCUCCCCCUCUGCCUCACCAGCGCCCACCCAGCCAAACUUCCCUCUCCCUCACCUCGACCGGCUUUCUAUCCGCACGCACCCUCCCUCUGGAAACCCCUUUCUCGCUACAAUCAUCUCCAGCCCACCUCCACAUCUGCGCAGGAUCAAGAUCGACAGCUUCUCCUGGGUCUCGCCCAAGCUCGGUCGCGCGGCUCAGCAGGCGGGAGCAGGCGGGGAGACGAGAGUGUGGGCGGUCUACAUGUCCAAGAUGGGUAUAGAGCUCCUGGAUGGCGAAGGCCGAGGGAUGCCAGCUAUCGCUGAAGACGGCGGUGACGAUGCUCAAGUAGGAGGGUGGUUGGUAGGGGCGAGAGGGAGGAGAAGGUCCAGUCGAGGGAUGGGUAUGGCCCGGAUGCUCCAGAGUACAGGCGGCGUGAGGAGGCAGGUUGAAGAGGCAGAUGAGGACGGCGGGUAA